GCCCUUUUCAAUAACAUCUUCUACUUCUCAAGCUUACAAUAUUUUUUCAAGAGUAGGAAAAGAAGGAGCUGUGUGGCCAUGGAUCGAGAGUGGGGUUCGAAGCCGGGGAGCGGAGGAGCCGCCUCCGCUCAGAACGAGGCCAUAGACCGCCGCGAACGGCUUCGAAGAUUAGCCCUAGAGACGAUUGAUCUCGCGAAAGAUCCAUAUUUUAUGCGAAACCACCUCGGGAGCUACGAGUGUAAGCUCUGCUUGACGCUUCACAACAAUGAGGGAAACUACUUGGCCCAUACUCAAGGGAAGCGCCACCAGACCAAUUUGGCCAAGCGGGCUGCUCGCGAAGCCAAAGAGGCGCCUGCUCAGCCGCAGCCUCACAAACGCAAAAUCUCGCUCAAAAAGACAGUGAAAAUUGGCAGGCCUGGCUAUCGGGUGACAAAGCAGUUUGAUGCAGAUACAAAGCAACGAUCUCUUCUUUUCCAGAUUGAAUAUCCUGAGAUUGAAGACAAUACAAAGCCAAGGCAUCGAUUUAUGUCCUCCUUUGAGCAGAAAAUCCAGCCAUUCGACAAAAGAUAUCAGUUUCUUCUGUUUGCUGCAGAACCAUAUGAGAUCAUUGCCUUUAAGGUUCCUAGCAUAGAGAUUGACAAAUCAACUCCAAAAUUCUUCUCACAUUGGGAUCCAGACACAAAGAUGUUCACUUUGCAAUUACACUUCAAGACAAAGCCACCGGAAGCAAAUAAACCUCAACCUCCUCCUACUGCCAAUGGGACUGAAGCUCCUCCUGCUCCGCCAGCUCAAGCUCCACCGCCGCCACCUCCACCACCACAAGGACAUCCCCCCGGAGCUCCACCACCCCGGGGCCCACCCACCGCGCCUGGGUCAGUCCCGCCUCCGCCCAUGGCUAAUGGACCUAGACCCAUGCCUCCAGGUGGCAAUAUGCCUGCCCCUCCACCUCCUCCGGUCGGUGGUGGCCCUAUGCCGAAUUUCAUUCCAGGCAAUAUGAUGGGGAGGCCUCCCAUGAUGCAGCACCCUCCACAAGGGUAUCUCGGUCAGGGAAUCCACCGGCCGCCCCCGCCACCGCCCAACAUGGGUUGAUGAGCUCCACUUAUGUUAUUGUUUGCAUAAACAGUUAUGGAGAUGUCACUUGCUUCAGAUAUAGACUCUGUUUCUUAAAAGAAUCUUAAUUUUUUAGUGUGAGUUUGAAACCUUAAUUUCUGCCUUUUACAAUGUAGUAUUUUUUCAUACUUUCUAAACUUAAUCACGGAGUCUAGACUAGAACUUGGUGUUUGGCAUAGAAAUUUAAGUUGAUUGCUCACUUUAAGUUGCUUAGUGCUUUCUUUUAAAUUG